AUGGGCGUUGCUGGCAAGGGACAAGGAGCUGGGACGGCAGCUGGGGACUGGAACAUACUAUAUCAUCUCGGAGGUAAUGGUCCAUGGAUUGAGAAGACGGAAGGGGUGGUCGAAGGCGGUGUAGGCCCUCCCAAAGGAUGCGUCGUCGAGCAAGUCCAUAUGAUGUCAAGACACGCAGAGCGUUUUCCAACAACCAAAGCUGGCAAUCGAAUGCUUCGUCUCGUGAAGAAGCUGACGGAAUUGAAUAUCACCUAUGUGGAUGAUUUAGCUUUCCUCAAUGAUUGGGUCUUCUUCUCGAAGGAUCCCGAAUCUGAAUUCGAGCAGUUGACAACGACUGGCCCUUACUCAGGCUCUCUCGGUGCCUUCACAACCGGCGUGCGACUUCGAACUCGAUAUCAUCACCUUCUACCUCAACGUCUUUCGCACGAUAGCAAGACAACCCUAUGGGCAAGUGGUUGCCCUCGCGUAAUUGACACCGCACAAUAUUUCAGCGCUGGAUUCUUUGGCCUUAAUUGGAACACGACAUCCUCCAUACGCGUCAUACCCGAAACGGACGACCUAGGCGCCGACACUUUAACUCCUGGUGAUACGUGCAAAGCCUUCAACGACGACAAAGAGCUAGGCCACGACCAAGGCGCAAAGAUGAUGGCCAAAUACCGCUCUACCUACGUCGGGCCCAUCCGUGAGCGGUUGCUGAAGCAGAAUCCUGCAAUCAAGUAUCUCGCGGACGACGAAAUCUACGCUAUGCAAGAGAUGUGCGGGUUCGAGAUCACUGCGCGAGGGAGCAGUCCGUGGUGCGACGUCUUCACACGAGACGAGUUCAUAAGCUUCGAGUAUGCUCGUGAUAUAGUGCACUACUAUCGCGGUGGCCCGGGGACGCCUUGGGGACCGGUGAUGGGGUGGUUGUGGUUGAAUGCAACUAUGAAUCUGCUGCUCGAGGGAUCGAGCGCUGGACCGUUCUUCUUCAAUUUCGUGCACGAUGGCGACAUCGCCCCUAUGCUCGCCGCCCUCGACCUCCUCCCCGACCCCGCCCACCUCCCAACCACCCACAUCACCCACGAUCGCUCCUGGAAGAAAUCCCAAGUCUCCCCGAUGGGCGGACGCACCAUCUUCGAGCGGCUCGCCUGCCGCACCGCCAGCGCCCCCACCACACCCGAAAUCUUCGUAAGGAUUAAUGUUAACGACGGCAUCGUGCCGCUGCCGGGGUGCAGCCACGGGGUCGGAAGCAGCUGCCCGCUUGCUGAUUUCCAGGCGCGAAUUGCAGCGAGGGGAGUAGAGCUAGGGGAUUUUAGGGAGAAGUGCGGGUUGGGGAUGGAUGCGCCGGGGAGGAUUACUUUUUUGAGGCAGGGACUGGGCGAGGAGAAGGUCAAUGAAAGUACGGCUUGA